AUGAGCGUCCCUGCCCUCCUCCCCUCGUUCUUCAACCUCCCAUCCAUCCAGACGAGAAAGGCCCUGCUGCUGCUGGAUUUCCAGAACGAUUUUGUCCGUCCAAACGGCUGUCUCCCCGUGCGCAAUGCCCAGGACUUUAUCGACCAGAUCCCAGCUCUGGUGCAGAGCUUCCGCCACAAUGGCGACGUCGUCUGGGUGCGCACUUUGUACGAGGGACCCCGCCCUGUGGUUGAUGACUACGGAAGCGAGCGCAUAAUCAUUUCCGCUGGCUCCUUGGACAGCAAGACGCCGACAAAGGCAAAGGCAAAGGGAGGCCGUGGCGAGAGUGCAAUGGAUACAACCCAAGAAGGCGUCGACCCCGAAGCCUUCCUCUCUGGACCGCAUCCUGCUUGCCAGCCGCAGACCAACGGCGUCCAAUUCCCUGCCCCCAUCUUGGCUGCCAUUGACCACGAGAAUGACAUUGUUAUCGAAAAGUCAGACUAUUCGGCACUGCAGUCGCCCGGCCUGGUCUUGUCCCUGCGGUCGCGGUUUGUGACAGAGUUGUACAUUUGUGGCAGUCUGUCCAACGUCUCUGUCUAUGCCACCGCGCUCGACGCCGCCCAACAGGGCUUUUCCAUCACCCUGGUCGAAGACUGCAUGGGCUUUCGCAGCUUUGCGCGUCACGAGGAAGCAGUUCGACGUCUGGCCGAUAUCGUCGGCGCAGAAGGAAUAUCCAUUCAAGAGCUGCUUGAGGACCAAGACUGGCAAGAGACCCAGGAGAUUGCCAACUCGGAUGUGCCUGAAAGGACAGACCCUUCCCGAAAGUCACGAACGCCCACCCCGGCCGGCAUUGAGGGCGUGCUCGAUCACCUUGUUGUCCAGAAUUCUCCUCCCGCCACUCAUCCUUCUACGGCAGAGCGACACGACAGCUCUGAGCGCCAGCGUGAGCGUGUGCGAGACUCUGCACGGGAUAUUCCUCUAGCAUCCCCCGCACAUGAGUCGAUCGAAAUCGAGGCGGAUGACAACAUUGACGACGAUGAGGAUGACAUUCCCGUCGUCUUACCUCCCAGUAAAUAUUUGCGGGCAUCCACGCGAGGUUUGAGGGAAUCACGUCAGCAAGGCACCAAUGCCGCUAGGAUGCGCCGUUCCAAGACCGACAGACACUCGCCAUCUUCGUCUCGACGUCCGGCUUCCAACGCCGUAGAUCCUGCCCCGCGAAGAACAUCUACUUCUCCUGUUAUCACCACUUCUCGAGCCCCUGUUCCUAGCUCUCCAAGGCCUUCUGCCCCCAAACAUUCCGCAUCAGCACCCCCGACGACGUCCGCGUCAAGCCACGCGAAAAGAAAGAAUAAAAGCGCGAGUGACAGCAUUGGGCCUCGAGAUAGAAUUGCCGAGGGAGACUCACGUAUCGUCUAUAACAUGGAUUUGCCAUUAGAUGCUUUUGCCGAGAUUCGCGAGGAAGUCAACUGGCAGAAGAUGUACCACAUGUCUGGUCAGGUUCCUCGCCUUGUAGCUGUUCAGGGUGCUGUGUUGCCAGAUAAAUCCAUUCCUAUAUAUCGACACCCGGCCGAUGAAUCACCAAUCUUAGAACCCUUUACUAAUACGGUGAAUACUGUUCGCACAUGCGCUGAAAAUAUUCUCGGCCACCCGUUGAACCAUGUGCUUAUACAGCUAUAUCGAGACGGACAGGACCGGAUAUCGGAACACUCCGACAAGACUCUUGACAUUGUUCGCGGGUCGUUCAUCGUCAAUGUCUCUCUGGGCGCUCAGCGCACGAUGACGCUACGGACAAAGUUGUCGGCAGUGACUGAUGCUGCUGCUGAUGAUACUAGCGGUCGUCAAAAACAACAGGUGCCAAUGCCUCAUGAGUCGAUGUUUGUUCUCGGCCCUUUGUCCAACAUGCGGUGGCUUCAUGCCAUUCGACCAGAUAAACGCCCUGCAUCUGAAAAAUCCGAUGAUGAAAAGGCCUUUGAUGGGGAACGCAUCUCGUUGACGUUUCGCCACAUUGGCACCUUUAUCAACCCGGAAUUGCAGACAAUCUGGGGCCAAGGCGCUGUAUCUAAGGAAUCGAAUUCUCCGCACAGGAUAAUUCAUGGCGAUGCAGCGGAAGCCGAGAAGCUGAUCCAGGCAUUUGGUAGAGAGAACCGAGAAACCGAGUUUGAUUGGAAUGCUGUCUACGGACACGGCUUCGACGUGGUCAACUUUGUCGAACCGGCCGUGGCCCGGGUCACUUUGAGCGGUGAUGUGAUUGCUGAUAUGCGAGUCAGGCUGUGUCUGACCGAGAAUGGAAUGCGUUACGAGGUUGCUCCAGCGACGGACAACACCAACGCACACCAGACGACGUACACUAGCCCUGACGGCCAGACCGUAAUCGCUGGUGAUAUUCAGAUUCUGCUUUUCAUGGCAUCAAUGAACCCGGACUCGCCACUGGCCAGACCUGGAGUCGAUUUUGUCCGUGGAGGCGGUCGCUUGCAAGAGAUCACCGAGCUGGGAACAGCAUGGCGGAAGCAUCUUCUCAACACCCGAAGCACCGAGUUUGAGCAACUCUCGUCGUGGAACAAUAACAUCCGAGACGCAGAGCUGGCCCUUGGUUACCACUACAUUGCAGGAUCUCUGUUUACGAUCGACGAUAUCACUUUGUGGUCUAUCCUCUAUCAGAUCCAGCAACGACGAGGUAUAAUCUCGGGCUCGACUGAAUACCCGUAUCUGUCAUCUUACUAUCAGCGGAUAGAGAAGAGGGGGUGUGUCCGCGUGGUCUUGGAUGAGAUUUCAUCAGAGACAAAACAAGCCGACUAG